AUGGAUGCCAGGGAUUUUGUGUGCUAUGUUGGGAAGUCCCAGGAGAGUCACGGAGUGAAAGAGUUCCAGAUAGCUGUGGCACUGAUGGAAGGCCACAAGGAAUUGCUAAGCAAAAACGUUCCUUCUCAGUGGGGCGAGGUGCAGCUCUUCGAUGUGUGCCUCAGGUUGGGUCUCUUCGACACUGCCUGUGCCAUGGCUCAGAGAGGAGUCGGAGGCGGAUUGGACGUCCAUCACCUUAACAGGACUUUCUUUGAGUUUGAUCCUCGGUUUCCUGAUAAUGAGCAUGUUGAGCUUCUACACAGCCAAUACAGCUGCACAUGUUGCUGGGAUCAGCGGAAGACGUGUGACGGGUGCUGCUUCGGCUUCCCAAUCGACCAUGGCAUUUGGAUGGAGGACUGGGCUGCAAAUUGCAGGGAUGCUGCAGAAGAGGCUUGCCAGACAGCCAAGCACCCCUUGGUUUGGAACCUGCUGGAGGCCCUUCACUGUGGCACUGCAUUGCCUUUUGCCAUUUCUGAGGAGGCCAUGGUGCAUUUGAUGGACAUCGCCAUCCUCACCGGCGACAAGGAGGCAGCCAUGCACUGCGCAGAGCCUAUCCAGUCUCCGGCCCCUGCGACGGUGGAGUUGUGCGAGUUGUGGGCUUGA